GGUGGUGAGAAUGUUGGCUUUUCUCAUUUGGAAGAAUCGGCUAACCGGCUUCCGCAGCUCUCGGAGCAGAGACAUCAGCCGAUGCGGAAGGUCACACUGACAAAGGGGACAGUGCAGCAACCACAUCAGCCUCAUCAGCACCAUCUAUCACAGAUCCAGUCUACGUAUCCUCAAGGACUAAAAAAUAUCCCAGGGAUACAUCAAGUGAAAAAGGGUAUUCUGCAUGGGAGAGGCAGGGGGAUCGUGAGCCAGAUGGGCCGAGGCCGCUUAAUGUCAAGUAAGCCAAAUCUGCGGGUGGUGGAAUGCAAACCUCAGCCCAGUGUGGUGUCAGUGGAAGGGCUUUCUUCAUCCACCACGGACAUUCAGCUGAAAAACCUGCUCAUGUCAGUAGGACCCAUCCAGAGUUUACAGAUGCUGCCUCAACAACGAAAGGCCAUUGCAAAAUUUAAAGAGCCCGCUGAUGCUUUAAAAUUUCAGCAGAAGUUUCACAGGCACAUGAUAGAUCUUUCCCAUAUCAACGUGGCGCUGAUAGUGGAGUGACCCACUGGGCCUAAGUUGUCUUAAAAUACAGCAGGUUACGGAGGAAGUCAGAAGGGUAGAAUCUCCCUGUAAUUUCCGGUGCCAGCUUUGCAGACUCCUUCUGAAAAUUCAAAAUUACUCUGUGACAGCUGCUGACAACAACAACAACAACAACAACAACAACAACAUCAACCACCUUGCUACAAAUGGAAGGAUGACAGAGAGUGAAAACUAUCUGUAUGGAACAUACAGAACUACAGAUCUCCCGUGUGAAUAGUAUACAUGGAUAUUUUAGGCUAUAUGCUAUGUGAUCACAAUGUCUUGGAUCAAAAGAACUUUGACUCUUGAAAAUAACUUUUAUAAUAUUUUUUCUUAGAAAAGAAUAUUUGAUAAUGGUUGCCCUUAUCUUCAGUGUGGGAUGUUGAAAUCAGAAUGCACCCAUAAUCUACUGUUUGUAGCUAAGCAUACAGAUGCCUAUAGUACACAAUAAACACUGAGCCAUAUAAUUUAAUGGAUUUUCUUUCUUUUUUUUGCCCAGAGGCUUUGAAGCUCAUUCUUGAAAGAUCUUAUUCCUAGUAAAGUGAAUAUAAUUGUUGCACAUAAAGUAUACCUCUCAGUAUUCCUAAUAUUUCUUACUAACCCUAUUUUGGACAAAUUGUCUGACCAGAUGAUGUCAUUACCUAGGAAGGAUGGUCGUGUUCAGGGUCCAAAAUCUUAGAACAACCUGUCUUUCAGCCUUCUCUUCUGCUUUCUUACAGGGCCUGUAUGGCCAGGAAAUAACUGGGGGUUGCUAGUAUGAGGAAGUUACAUAUUCAGGAAGAGGGGAUCCAUUUUGCCUAGGCUUUUGGGGAAGUAAGUUACUGGUGUUGAGCUUCAUAUUUUAAUUAUUUUUUCUUUCUGUUUAAUAAUUGGCAGUAAUACUUGAUAACAGUAGAGUCUUCCAAAUCGUACUCUAGUACUAUUCCCACACCACCUGGUGAAUUAUGAAGACAUUCCCUCUCUGAGAUUUUAUUUUACACUAAAUAAACUCUUUCCUUCAAAAAAAGAUGUGAGAAGAGAGAAUUCCUUUUACUACUCUUAGAAAUCUAUUCAAUGUUUAUACAUUUCAGGCCAAUAAACAUAGAGCAAGUAAAGAUUAUAAGUUCCUUUGAGGGUAUAGAAAAAUAGUUAAGGGAUGUUCUUUCAGGACUGCAGGUUACGCAAGUAGUGAUGUUCCUUUUCUAAUUAUUCAGAAUCAUAUUCUGUAAAAACUAGAAGGCUUUUAAAGCUGUGUUCCUGCUUAAGAACAGGAGGGAAUCAGCAAUAAAGAUAUGAAAAUAUAUCAUGUCUUUUAAAGACAAAGCUGUUUUUCCCCCCUUAGAGGUAAUAAUUACAGCUAUAGCAUUUUGGUAUAGUGUAGGAUGUGAAGAUAAUGUUAGGGUUUUUAAUGAUAGUUAGUGAAAACCAUCUUCAUCUUUGCGAAGUAGAGCUUGAAUUUGACUAUACCAGAGAGGCCUUUAUUAUUUACAGCUCUUAAUUUGAGUUUGUUAAAAAAAAAAACCUGGGAUUUUAGUUGAAGGUGCAUUUUAGGCUAGCUUUUCAGUGCUUAGAAUUGUGUUAAAAACAGAACAGACCCUCAGAGUCGAGAGAGAGCAUAUUAUAUCUUUGUCCAUCCCAGGAUAUGAUAUAGUCUUUCCACAAAGUUAAAAUUGCUAUUUAGGAAUUAACAUUUAAAGUUACCAGGUUUUUUUUUAGAAAGUCUUCACCACAUAGCUCAGGUACAACUUAAAUGCAACAAUGCCUGCCAGAGAGGGGAGUUUUAUAGUGCCCAACCUCUACAUCACAUUUGAGGUCCGAGGAAACUUUUAUUUCUUAUGUCAACAGAUCUUUGCUUAGGCUGGAUAACCUUCUAAACAGUUUAAGGUAUUUUGAGGACAGUGUUAAUUAAUGCUUUUAAGGCUUAUAGCUUGGGGAAAUCUUCUGUGGUAUAGCAUUUAAAAUAAUGGGGUGGACUUUAGUAUGCUUUGUCUGAGGCCCAUCCCAUACACAUGAUAGGAAGGGUCUAAUGUGUGUAUAACACACUCACCAUCUUAGUAGAAGGGAUUUUCUGAGAUAAGGAAAAGAGGAAGAAGUGAAUAUUUUUUUCUCUUUCUUCAUAGUAAGCAGAAGGAAACUUGCCCUAUAAUUGAUGGGCAUCAAAUCUCUCACUUGAAUUGUCUAUAGAUACUACAAUACCUCAACUGAUUAAUAUCAACUGACAUGAUCACAGUAACAUUGGUCCCUAAUUUUGAGAUGCCUUCCACAAAAGCUAAUCACCGUAAAAAUACGAGAGCCUGUUCUUUCCACAAUGCUUCCUAAACUAUCUCCACAUCUUUGGUAGAAGAUCUGUUGCAACCAUUAUCUUGUUCUUUCCUUAUCAUGUGUUAUUUUAAAAAUGCAAAAAUGCAAUCAUUGCAUUUAAUAUAUUGUGUAAAUACAAGACUUUAAAACAAAUUUAAAUGAAGCUGUUCACAUAUUACUAAUUUAGUUACACAAAAGCUUGUUUGGUGGGAUGGGGAGGAGGGCAGUUGUGCUGUUUUAUCAGAGUUGAAUGAAAAUGGUUCCAUGUUGCUGUUAUUAUUGCUAUUAUUAUUGGUGUAACACUUCUGUUUUUAUAAAGAUGCCAGUUAAGUCAAUACAUGUAUCUUGACCUGUGUAUUAUUUGUUCUGAAACUUCGAAAGCAUACAUUUGGUACAGAUGUUUAGCCAGUGACCACUGUAUGUGGAAACUUUUUUCUCUUAUAGAGAUAAUUUUCAUUUAAUUUGGCAACAUUUUCCAAGUUAGUUUAGUUUUUCUACUCAUAUCAAUGAUAAGUGCAGUCAAGUUAAGUGUGAUGCUGAAUAUUUAAUAAUUUUGUAGUUCAAAGCUAAAUGGCCACUAUCAUAUUCAUUAAUUCAUGCACUUUUAACAUUCAUUUUGGACAAGGUUGGAUAAUUUCAAAAGAAAUUAAAGAUAAUCCUGUAAUGAUGUUUUUGUCCAGGCUAAAAAUGAGGGUGAUUUUCUCUUGGUUUAGUGCUCAUGGGAAGAUUACAGAAUAUCAUCUCUAUAUAACUAUUUGUGUUUUACACUUCUUCAGAUUUUUAAAAGUUGUUCUGAAAUGUUGGUCAUAAGGGAGGGAUGUUCAGCAGAAGUCAAAUUUAUAAUUAUUAAAAAUACAUUUACAGGGCUAACACCCUAAAACAUGCAGGGAGAGCCAGACUGUAUAGAGAUGAAUGCAUCAACUAUUUGUAGAUUGUAUCAAACUAGGUUGUUUGAACAAUUGAACCACUGUUGACCAAGUAUUGUCCUUGAGAUAGCAGCAUCUAAGUGCUGGUACGAAUUAUGUGGCAAGAAUAUAGUCCAUUGUUGAAGAGACCUAGUAUGAGUUACAUAACAACAAAACCUUCUACAACAAUUUAUUUGUUUGUUUGUUCGUUUGUUUGUUUAUUUAUUUAUUUAUUUCAUGCUUCAUAUUUCUAGAUCACCCAUCUCCCUUAAAGAGUGAGGUUAAAGUGAGCUGAUCAGCUUUGUAGGAAAAUGCCAGCAUAACAUGACAUUUCUCCUUCAUUCUUCUCUGGUUUCUUGUUUUUCCUCAAGUGGCCCAAAUGGUGAAACUAAGGGAUUGCUGUAUUUCUUGUCAGCAACUGACUUUAAAUGGUAUAAAUGAAUAUUUCAUCACCAAGAGGGCUCAAAGAACCAAAACAUAGCAAUCACAGAAGAAUUGAAAACAUAAUGUUACCUUGGACACUUUUCAGAAUAAUAAGUGAUGCUGGAAACUUUUCAUAGUUGAUCCAAAGGAAUUUUGGCAGCUAUUAAACCCUUUAGAAACAUUUACUUGAACCAGGAAGUCAAGUUAAUUACACUAUCUCAGAGAUACACUUUAGAUGUUAGUUUACUUAUUCUAUUUAUCUGAUAUACCCAGUUUCAGUUUUCAUGAUUUUAUUCAUGAAAUAUAUUUUAUUUGCUGGCACUUUUUAGAUCUUUUUAUGGGCACUCCUUAGUACUAGGAAAACAAAUAAGGCAGGCUUCCUAUCCACAACUUUCUAGUGUAGGUUCUUAAUAUCUUUUCAUUAACUACCGGUAGGUUGGCAGUAUAACAUACAUAUGAAUGGGCUUCUUCCUUUCUCUCCCCAUUUCCACCCCCUUUGAAUGCCUUUCUCACUGUCUUCUGAGCUUUAUUUUGCAGCAGCCAUAUUGGACAAAAAGAAGGGUUGGAGAAUUCUUUUAAUGGCAUCCAAAGUAGCGCAGUUGGCUUUUAAAGCCAUAACAUAUUUCCGAAUAGCUUGGUUGAGGUGUAUUUGAAUUAAGGUCACCACGAAAUAGCAAAAGACCCAUACUGUUUACCAAAGUAUUGCAUUUGUGAAGUAUUGCAAACUAUUUUAAAUCCUAAGGAUUUGUGUGUAAGGUUUAUUGUAACCUAUUAUUUAUUUAUUUAUUUAUUCAUUUAUUUAUUUAUAUAUAUUUAAUAACUUAUUUCUGGAAUGGGCCUUGGGCCCUAAUGUAUGGAACAUUGAUUCAUAUUGGAUCUCAUGUAUGCCAGCGUUUGGUAUAAAUCUGGUUGGGAAGGAUCAUUUUUAAUUGUGACAUUCAAAGGAUAUAUUAUCAUCUUUGGUAGUGCUGCUUCUUUUUCUGUUAUGUGAGAUGUUUGGUUCAGAAUGUAAAAAAAAAAGAGAGAGAUAAAACUCAGUGUUUCUCUUUGCCGUUGGUUUAAAAACAUUUAAAGAAGAGAAUGGGAGAAAGUUCUUAAUGAAAAAUCUUUAAUGCACUCUGGUAAGCAGGAUCCCCAAAGCCAGUGAUUUUAACUAGAUCAUCCAGCUGAAUGAUAUAGUUUUCCCUUAGUUUAGUAAUGCAGAAAAUGUGCUGAUUUAUUGAAAUUAUUAUUGAGAGUAAAAUUGUACAGUUAAUCUGUUUGACUUACAUGCAUAAUGCUGGUCUGUUCUGUGAAGCAUGUUUUGUUUCCUUUCCCAUUUUAUGUAGCUAAAAAUGAAGAUUUAUUUUUAUGUAAUGUUUUUCUUUCAGGUAUAGGGGAAAUAAUUCAUUCCUGACUCCUCCAGAGCUUAACUUUGAAAUCAUUUUUUUUUAAACAGGUGGAACUACUGCAUCAGACCCAUUCCUUUAUAGGAGACCUUCAAGUUGUUUGUUUGUUUGUUUGUUUGUUUAUACUGAAUCUAUCUAGCUCAGCAGUUGCCUUAGUUUUACAUCAUGCUUAUGGCAUUUUUCCAAUCAUGAUUUUUCAUUCAUUGGGCCCUUGCACCUUCCUUCCUUCCUUCCUUCCUUCCUUCCUUCCUUCCUUCCUUCCUUCCUUU